AUGGCAGUCAGUGCAUCGGAGGCAUUAUCAAGGCUCGAAGCCCUUAGGAAAGAACAGGGCGACUUGAACCAAAGUUUGAAUAUCAUCAAGAUCGCAGAGCCCAUCUCAGAUGUCGGAGACACGAACCCCUCGCCUGCAAAGCGAGGCUCAGAUAUCUCUGUUUUUAACCUGAAUGAUCCUACCCCUGCCUCUCUUGAGGCCGAUCUAGCACAUUACAAGGAGCUCUUUUCCAAAUUGCGAUUCUCCUACGUCGAGCAAGUUACGAAAGAGAAAUUCCUACGCGCUAUUGUAGGCGAUCCUCCGUUGAUAGUCGGACACAAUGAAAACGUGGAAUUGGAGGCGCAGUUAGCGGAGGUGAAGGCCGAGCUCAAGGCACGGAAGGAGGAAGCCCGCGUUAUGAUUGAGGAAAUGGAGAAGAUGAGUCGGGAUCUCGCAAGCCGCUACAAAGAAGUUGAGAUUCAAGAAGCGCAGCUCGCUAGUCUACCGGAGUCAAUUGAGAACCUUGAAUCUACUAUUGCCGGUCUCCGCGCAAAGCAAGUCGCGAGCAUGGAUACCUCAGAUCCUCGAUCUUCACAGAAUAUGUCUCUUCCAGCGACCUUGGAGCUACUUGCUGAUCGCGAAGCGGAAUUGGCCGCGUUAAACCGCCAGAUUGCCGCCGUGCAGAACUCGCUACCCCGCAAGACUCGAGAGGCUGAAGCGAUUGAAAGGGAAUGUUCGGUGCUCGAGCGAAGGAAGGUGGAGGCUACAACGCAGGCUCGUGAGGCAAGGAGAAAGAAGCAGGAAGGCGAGACGGACGGAACUGAAGAAAUGGGUCGCUGGUACAGAGGUGCCGAGGAGACAUUGAAGGAGAUGGUGGGUGUGGAGGGGUAG